UUUGCCUACAUUCCUUGGUCCAAACUUUGCCGACCGUCCACAGCUACCAUGCACUCUGUCGCUUAUGUCACCUGUCCCAACUCAUCUGUAGCUGAAAAUAUGGCCUCACUGUUGGUCACUCAAAAGCUUGCUGCUUGCGUCAACAUUAUCCCGUCAGUGAAGUCAAUAUACACCUGGAAGGGAAAGGUGGAGAAAGAUGAGGAAGUUCUCAUGAUAAUUAAAACCCGCUCCAGCCUGAUAGAAAAAUUGUCCGAGGCAGUUAAAACCAAUCAUCCUUAUGAAUGUCCUGAAGUGAUUUUUGUGCCAAUCACUGCGGGCUACGCCCCGUAUCUGAAGUGGAUUUCCGAGUCUACUUUGGACGAAUGA